AUGGCCGACAUAAACAUCGAAGAUGUGCUCAAGAAGCUUACAUUGGCUGAAAAGGUCGACCUGCUGGCAGGAUCCGACUUUUGGCACACCAAAGCCCUCCCUGCACAUGGGAUUCCCUCACUCCGCAUGUCCGACGGCCCCAACGGUGUAAGAGGCACCAAGUUCUUCAAUGGCGUCUCCUCGGCAUGUUUCCCAUGCGGCACAGCUCUCGGGUCUACUUUCAACCAACAACUGCUCGAGCAAGCGGGCAAAAAGAUGGGCGAGGAGGCCCUCGCAAAGAAUGCCCACAUCAUUCUUGGCCCAACCAUCAAUAUGCAGAGAUCCCCGCUCGGAGGCCGUGGCUUCGAGUCCAUUGGCGAGGAUCCGUUCCUCGCUGGUCUUGGCGCCGCUGCUCUUGUCCGGGGAAUUCAGAGCACCGGCGUGCAAGCUACUAUUAAGCACUUUCUGUGUAACGACCAGGAAGACAAGCGAAUGGGGGUCCAGAGCAUUGUUACUGAGCGGGCGUUGCGUGAGAUCUAUGCCCUCCCGUUACAGUUGGCGGUGCGUGAUGCGCGGCCAGGCGCCUUCAUGACAGCUUACAACGGCAUCAACGGCACCAUGUGCAGCGAGAACUCCAAGUACCUCGACGGAAUGCUACGCAAGGAGUGGGGCUGGGAGGGUCUCAUCAUGAGCGACUGGUACGGCACCUACAGCACGACUCUGGCCGUCGUCGCCGGUCUGGAUCUGGAGAUGCCCGGCCCCGCUCGGUUCCGUGGCGAAGCUCUCAACUUCAACGCCUCUACCAACAAGCCAUUCACUCACGUCAUUGACCAACGAGUCCGUGCUGUGCUGAGGCUUGUUAAGAAAGUCUCGGGCCUCGAUAUCAAGGAGCUUGGCCCGGAAAGGGAAGCAAACACACCCAAGACAGCUGCUUUGCUCCGAAAGAUUGGCAACGCGAGCAUCGUCCUCCUUAAAAACGACAACAACGUCCUGCCAUCCAAGAAGGACAAGAAAACCUACAACCCCAAGGUAGCCGACACUUGGUACGCCGACCUGGAAGGCUCGUUUGUACCGGACGAGGACUGCACUUACGAACUGGGACUUGUCGUAUCUGGAACCGCCAAGGCCUUUGUCAACAACGAGCUCAUUGUGGACAACGCCACAAAGCAGGUUGCUGGAGAUGCCUUCUUUGGCGCAGCCACACGCGAGGAGAGAGGGUUUGUUGCCUUGAAGAAGGGCGAAAAGUAUGACUUGCGCGUUGAGCUUGGCUCUGCACCUAGGUUCACCCUCAAGGGCGAUGCGUCUGUGCCCGGCCACGGGUCCCUCGGCGUCGGUGGCUGCAAGGUCAUCGACGACCAGGAAGAAAUCAAAAAGUCGGUCCAGCUGGCCAAGGAAUAUGACCAAGUCAUUAUCUGCGCCGGUCUCAGCUCGGACUGGGAAACCGAGGGCGCUGACCGAGUGAGCAUGAAGCUCCCCGGUGUUUUGGACCAGCUAAUCACCCAAGUCGCCGCUGCAAACUCCAACACUGCUGUGGUCAUGCAGACCGGCACGCCCGAGGAGAUGCCUUGGCUCGAAAAGACGCCCGCCGUUGUCCAGGCUUGGUAUGGAGGCAAUGAGACGGGCAACUGCAUCGCUGACAUUUUGUUCGGCGACGCCAAUCCCUCCGGCAAGCUUUCUCUUAGCUUUCCCAAGCGACUUCGGGACGUUCCAUCCUUCCUCAACUUUCGGGCCGAAGCUGGGCGAACACUGUACGGAGAGGACGUGUACAUAGGCUACCGAUACUACGAGUUUGCUAAUCGAGCCGUGAACUUCCCCUUUGGCCACGGUCUGUCCUACACCAGCUUCUCCUUUUCCGAACUGUCAGUGACAUCGAGCGAGGGCAAGGUGACGGCCGCGCUCAAGGUCACGAAUACAGGAUCCACAAAGGGCUCCGAAGUUGCUCAGAUGUACAUACAGCCUAAGCAAGCUGCCAAGAUCAACCGGCCCGUCAAGGAACUUCGUGGCUUCGCCAAGAUUGAGCUCGAGGCUGGCGAAACCAGGAUGGUCACUAUUACCGAAUUGGAGAAAUACGUCGCAGCAUACUGGGACGAGGAGCGCGAGCAAUGGUACGUCGAGGCAGGCGAGUACGAAGUCAUUAUUAGCGAUAGCAGUGUGGUUCGCGAUGAAAAGGCUGUUCGGGGCUCGUUCAAGGUGUCUGCUUCGUAUUGGUGGGACGGGAUCUAA